CCGAAAAAGAUGAUGUGUUGACCCGUCUGCGUACCGGGCGGAGUAUACCCAGGACUAUACCUUCAAAGUGCAACUGACAACCAUCUGGAUUCUGUCAUCGUCAGAGGAAACCUAUAUUCAUUCGACAACAUGCAGUCCUAUCUCAAGAGCAAGAACAUUGUCAUGUCACAGGAUUACCGUGCAGGGGACAUCACCUCGCUCUUCUUCGACAGCUCCAAUCCUUGUGCGGGCUUUCCGGCCGUCAACGCGACCAGCUCGCAAUGCAUCGUGCCCAAUCCUUAUAGCAACACCCCCAUCGUCGCAAAGCCCUGUCUCACAUUAUCUGACCUCUACUCAAACGGACCGCGAUCCUCGGGCAAGCUAUCGUUCCAUUGGACCGAUAUGGGCGACACAUCAAGGCAUGACUUUGACAAUGUCUUUAUCUACGACGGAAGAAUAUUCAAUGUAUCUAAGUAUUUGAAUCCGAAUCAAGUCUUCGGGCCAGAUGUCAAUGACGUUAUGACAAAAAGUCUCCGCAAGGAUGCGUCAUUGAUGUUCCAGAGAACCGACGGCCGGAAGAAGGCCAUGGGGUGCUUGGCAGCAAUGACCGAAAUCGGCAUUUUGGAAAAUACAUCUAUGGGAUGCUUCGCCGCCAAGACUAUUCUACUGACGACUCUGAUCUGUGUAUGCAUGGUUGUUGGGAUCAAAUUCUUGAUGGCUCUCACAUUCAGCUGGUUUUUGAGCUAUCGCCUGACAGAGAAGCCAAGGACUGUACUCAAGUCAUCCAAGAAGGAACAGGAGAAGAACGAUAUCAGCGGCAGUGGUCAGGAUCUUGCCCGGACUGGCAAGAGGUCGAUCGGCAGGAAGAAUCUUUAUACUGCCAUGUUGGUUACGUGUUAUUCCGAAGGCGAGAAUUCCAUCAGGACCACCCUGGACAGUUUAGCAAACACCAGUUAUUCGACGAAGCAUAAGCUACUGGUUGUCAUUUGCGACGGCAUUGUGCGUGGUCAUGGAAACAAGACGACCACGCCCGAUAUUGUGGUCAAUAUGUUGGAUUUGGCGCCAGGAAACGAUAAGCCCAAGCCUUGUAGCUACCUUGCCAUUGCGGACGGUGAAAAGCAGCACAACAUGGCUAAAGUCUACGCAGGUCAUUACGUCUACAAGAAGAAGCGUGUGCCGACGGUCGUAAUUGUCAAAUGCGGAAACCCAUUGGAGAAGGAUGCCAGCAAACCAGGAAAUCGAGGAAAGCGCGAUUCACAGUUGAUUUUGAUGUCGUUCUUCCAGCGCGUGCUCUUUGCGGAUCGGUUUACGGAGCUGGACUUUGAGCUGUUUCACAGUAUCCACCUUCUCAUGAACAUAUGGCCAGAUCGAUUUGAGCUUUGUCUGAUGGUGGAUGCCGACACGAUGGUCAAGGGAGAUUCGCUCAGCUAUAUGGUCACAGCCAUGCAAAACGACCACACGAUCAUGGGACUCUGUGGGGAGACAAAGAUUGCAAACAAGACCUCGUCCUGGGUCACCGCUAUCCAGGUUUUCGAGUACUACAUCUCACAUCACCUCGGAAAGGCAUUCGAGAGUGUCUUCGGAGGAGUGACCUGUUUGCCAGGAUGUUUCUGCAUGUACAGGAUCAAGGCACCAAAGAACGACUCUUGGGUACCGAUCCUCGCCAACCCGGAAAUCAUCGAGGAAUACAACCAGAACAUCGUGACGACAUUGCACCAAAAGAACCUGUUGUUGCUGGGCGAAGAUCGUUAUUUGACCACACUCAUGCUCAGGACCUUUCCUAAGCGCCAAAUGGUCUUUGUCCCACAGGCACAGUGUAAAACCGUUGUGCCGGAUACGUUCAGCGUCCUGUUGAGUCAACGUCGUCGAUGGAUUAAUUCGACAGUCCACAAUCUCCUCGAGCUGGUGCUGGUCACGGAUCUCUGUGGGAUUGCAUUCUUGAGUAUGCAGUUCGUGGUGCUUCUGGAGCUUAUCGGAACAGUUGUUCUCCCAGCUUCUAUCAUAUUCACGAUCGGCAUGAUCGUAUUUUGUAUUAUUUCUGGGACACUGGCUCUUCUUCCUCUCAUUCUUAUUAUUAUAAUGAUUGGCUUACCAGCUGUCCUGAUCGUCCUUACGACUCGCAAGUGGAUUUACGUCCUAUGGAUGCUCAUAUACUUGAUUUCCCUGCCGCUCUGGAAUUUUGUCCUCCCUCUGUACUCUUUCUGGCACUUUGACGACUUUAGUUGGGGGGAAACCAGAAAAGUCGCAAACCAGAAGCGGAAAUCGAAACAGGAUCACGGUGAUGCCGAGGGCGUGUUCGAAAGUGGGUCUAUCAUCAUGCGCAAGUGGGAAGAAUGGGAGAAGGAGCGGCUCAAAUCUAUGGGAUACAGGAUCCAGAGGCGCCAUUCAGCCGAUCGUGGUAUUAAUGACCUUCCCCCUCCUGCCUCUGGCACUCUGGAUGUCCCCAAGGUACCCAGAAAGGCUGUUUCGUCCACAACUCUGAAUGCCAAACCUGGAGGCAACGGCUCCGUAGGCCAGAACUCUGGAGCCCGGAUGUUGGGCGCUGCAGUCUCGACCCACAGUCUAGGAUCAACCUUGAAUGGUAGAAGCAGUGGCUCGAUUCGUGUAGGACCCGGUCCAUAUCCUCCGAGGCAGGUCGCCAAUCACCCCAUGCCACAGUCAACACCCAACCUUACGAUGCCGCAGCAGCAACAGGCGAGACCUCCUAUGGGUAUGGGAGGUAUGGGUCGUCCAUCGAGACCAAGACCUCCACCAAACAUGAUGCCUCGUCCAUCACCAGGAUCGAUGGCUCCAGGAGCGAGGGGAAUUGGGCCGGACGCUCAAGCGUUUGAGAUGGGACUGAUCGCUUCGGGAGCUAACCCUUCUAGGGCAUCACUCAUGCCGCUCGGCGCAUCGAAUACAGGGAGCCGACCUCCAGAUGGAGCUGCUGGCCUAGACGCGCGACAUUCCAUACAUAUCGCUGGGUCAGGGUUCCGACCCAUGGGUUCGCCAAGGCCCAGACCUAUGCGACCAAUGGGACCGAUGGGACCUAUGGGAGGUUCACCUGGUGGACCGCCUGGAGGAUACCCCAUGGGUCGACCACCGCCACCGGGUCAAGGAUUCCGACCACGCCCUUCGCCUGCGUUCUCGGGCCCAAUGCAUCAGCCAUCCCCACCAACGUUGUUGUUCCCAACCUACCAGCAGCAGCAGCAACAGCAACAGCCAGAAUCUUACCAACUGACACCGCAACCGUUAUCGAUGAACCAUGGUGGGGUUUCAUACCCUCUUCCGCCACCAUCGACUUCUUCGCAGGCGAUUAUGAUGCCCCACGAUCGUCGGUCGCAGAUCAGUGAUGGUAGCAGUGGCAGGACGGCAAAUGGAAGUGCGGCAACAACUUCUACCGCUACGGCUCCUGCGCCGGCAGGGACAAGAGAUGAGGAAGACGGGAUUGUCCUUUUGAGUGAUGAGUUCUAUGUGCCAACGACAGCCGUUCGGCGAGAGGACGCGUGAGAUGCAUCAUGGUUGUGAGAAAGAGUUGCUUUAAUUCAUUCAUUUUUUUUCCCUUUAAAAAUACCCCUCCGCAUUGCGCACCCUAGCAUCUAUACAUCAUUGUUAUCUUAGUAAUUUACUAUCAUUGUGCC